ACCAUGUACACUAUCACCAAAGGGCCCAGCAAGCUGGUCGCGCAGCGCCGCACAGGCCCCCCGCAACAGCAGGUGGAGAGCAGGCUCGGCGAGCUCCUGAAAUGCCGGCAGCCCGCCCCGCCAACGCCGCCGCUCCCGCGGGCGCAGCCGCCGGGACCCUGGCCCCUGUCGAGCCCAGGGCCCAGGCUUGUGUUCAAUCGGGUGAAUGGCCGGCGGCCCCCUGCCACGUCCCUGUCCCUCGAAGGGGCCCAGGAGACCUACACACUGGCCCACGAGGAAAACGUCCGCUUUGUGUCCGAAGUCUGGCAGCAGGUGGAGCAGCAGCUGGACGGCAGCCCAGCCGGUGAGAGUGGGCUGAGGCCUGUGCAGUACGAGGAGAGGACCCCCAACCCCCGACUGCAGAACUUUGUGCCCAUCGACCUGGAUGAGUGGUGGGCGCAGCAGUUCCUGGCUAGAAUCACCAGCUGCUCCUAGCUGAUGCUUGGGAGGAACACGGCC